AUGGCACGGCGACUGGCCCUUAAGCACACUGCCAAGCUGGCUCUUGACUUCACCGUACAUGUGAUUGUACUUGAGGCCGGCAGUCCAUUGGAGCAUGUUAUAGAUGUUACUCGGCGCUCUUGGCUUUGGUGGGAUGUAGUAGUGAGAGACACGGUUGUACUUCUCAAGGAAGUAGUGGCACAAGUUGAGGAUGUCGAUGAGAGUAAUUUGGUUGUUGCUAUUCUUGAUUUUAAUUUUAAUUUUGGAAGCGUCAAGUUUAUGCUCAACCAGUUUAGUCUUAAUUUGUUCACCCGUCAUGCCCCUCUUCAAGUGACCAUUCUGCUUCUUGUCAUCUUCCGGCACUGUGAAGCCGCGGGAGUGGAACCAGAGGGCCACCAUAUUUUCCUUAGUGGGCGUAUUAAUUUGUUUCUUACUCCACUCACCGCUGCAGUUCCUCUGCAGACUAUACAUGUCUGUCACCCAACCAGGGAGACAGGUGAGGAAAACCUUAGACAGCUUCUUGCCGUAGUCCGUCAAUUUGCGUUUGUCGUCUGA